AAAAAAGUAAACAAACAUGAAAUUGCCCUUCCCGUGGAGAAGAAAAUUUUGUCGAGACAUGGGAUAUAAAUUGAUUUCCAACAGAAACGGCAGUACUUCAGCAAGUAGUCCUGUUGUCGUGGACAGCAUUGGCCCGGUGUCCCUGAUCGGUAUCAAUCGGCCCGAGAGACGUAAUGCCGUGGACCCACCCACCGCCCAUAUCCUGUACAGGGCCUUCAAGGACUUCGAGGGGGACGACAGCAGACGGGUGGCGGUACUGUAUGGAAAAGCGGGCAAUUUCUGCGCUGGUUACGACUUAAAGGCCCUGUCAGAAGCCGAGACGCAAAAUUUACCCGGUGAUCCCGCCAACGAGGAGAUUGGGCCGAUGGGCCCGUCGCGGAUGGCCUUCACCAAGCCCGUGAUAGCGGCGGUGUCGGGUUAUGCAGUGGCGGGAGGGAUGGAGCUGGCCAUGAUGUGUGACCUCAGAGUCGUGGAGGAGUCGGCAAAGAUGGGGGUAUUCUGCAGGAGGUUUGGUGUCCCAUUAACUGAUGGCGGAACAGUACGCUUACCUCGACUAGUGGGACUUUCCCGGGCAUUGGAUCUCAUUCUAACAGGGAGGGAGAUAGGAGCGAGGGAAGCACACGAGUUUGGCUUGGCCAACCGAGUGGUUCCCGAUGGGAAAGCACUGGAUGUUGCAAUAGAAUUGGCCCAAACGUUGACCAAGUUUCCCCAAAGGUGCAUGAAUACGGACAGGUCGUCUGCUUAUUACAGCACGUAUGACGCCAAGAGCAUCAAUGACGCACUACAACGAGAGUUCACUCAGGGCAUAAAGGUCAUCACAGAAGAGUCAAUUCCAGGUGCUCAGAAAUUUUCUAAAGGUCUUGGAAAACAUGGUAGCUUUGACAUUGGGGAUCAAAGUGGACGCAAGUCGAAGCUGUAGUUGUAUUACGAUAAUCGUCUGCGUCUUUGAGCCAGAGUUUAAUUUGGACAUCAUACACGUGUUGCCAUCUGUUAUGAAUUAUAGCGAGGGUGUUCUAUUGAACUGUUUAUAACAGUUAUAAUACUCAGUACUCAGUGUGC